AUUAUAUUAUACAUAUCUAUACCUUUUAUCUGAGAGUUCCUACGAACAUCAAUUGAACGAUGCCUCCUCUUGCAGCACUUCAAUCAAAGGCCAACUCAAAAGUAUUACCCUCUCUAAGGUCUUUGACAAUAAAUGGACUUGACAACAAUAACAAGAAGAGUGGCAAUGAUACUAAAGUGGAUACCUCUGAACAACUCCUUUAUGAAGAUAUUCGACAAGUUCAUAAAGCUUUGGACUACUUUUACGAUUCUCAAAUAUUGGAAGCUGAAAAAUUACUUGCUGAUAAGGAAGGUGUCUAUGUAUUAUUAGGUAGAGCCUUUAUUCUUUUUUUGAAAAGUAUGAUGACCUUUCAAGAAACCGACGUACAACUAACUAUGGAAGCUUUGAAGAAAACAAUUCACGUUUCUGGGACUCUACGAAAGAAGGAUGGUUGGAUGGAUAGUUUAUCUUCUUUUUGGCAUCAGAAAAAUACCAAUACUGCUAUACAAAAUAUGACUCCAUUGGAACGACAUGCUGAAUUGAUAUAUGCUGAAGCUUACUUGUUAAAGGCCUUACUUUGUAUCAUUCAUGAUGAAAGUGUAGUAUCAUUCGUUAGAGAAGGAUUCAAUAUUCGCAAUUCUUACAACACUUAUAUUACCUUGGAAAAAUACAUCAAAUUCGUACAAUUAGAAGCUGCAAAGGGAAAGGAUGUUACAAAAUAUGGUUUGGAUGAACAUUUUACAUCUGGUGUAUGUCUCGGCAUUGGUACUUUUAAUAUUAUUUUAUCUCUUCUUCCAACAUCUGUCAUCAAGGUAGUGGAAUUCAUUGGAUUCAGUGUAGAUCGUGCUCAUGGAUUACAAGUACUCAUAUCAGCGGGUGGAUGGGAUGAUAUGGAAGAAAACAAAAAACCUAUGAAUGGUUUACGACGACAAUUAUGCGAUUUGGUUUUUACUAAUUACAACGUGAUUUUGGCUAAUCUGGUACCUCUUUCUCAUGUGAAUCUUCCUUUGGCACAUCAUAUUCUGGCUUGCAAUCUUGAUCGGUAUCCUUCCGGUGUAUUCUUUUUAUACAUUGAUGGUCGACGACUGGCACGUCAAGGAAAUCUGGAUCAAGCGAAACAACAAUAUCAAAAAGCAAUUGAUACUCAAAAGGAUUGGAAACAAUUACAACAUAUGUGUUAUUGGGACUUGGGAUUGAUUGCUUUAAUACAAAAACAGUGGCAACAGGCAUUCGACGUUUAUAAAUUACUAAAAUCCGAGAGCAAUUGGUCACAAGCGACAUAUCAUUAUCUGAUGGCGGUCAGUCUUUAUAUGCAAGCUACUGAUGAACAACAAAAUAUAGACGAUGAAAAGAAGGUUACUUUAUUGAAACAAGUACAUGAUUUAAUGGAAAAAGUGCCAACUUCUAAAAAGAAAAUCUCUGGAAAAUCUAUUCCUUUGGAGAAAUUUGUCUCUCGUAAAGCCCGUAGUUAUCUUAGAGAUGGUUCUUUGAUUGUUCCAGAUCUGGAAAUGCUGAAUGCCACUUCAGGAUUUGAUUGGAUGCCAAAAGAUAUUCUUCAGAUCAAUAUGAAACAACUCAAUACUGUUCUGACUAGAUUGGACAAGGAUAGUGAUCAUUAUUACGAUGGACUUUGUUUGGUAAAUUAUCUCAAGGCUUUGGCUGCUCGAUGUUUGAUUCAACAAGACCAAGAAAAGGAUAUAUAUUAUAAGAUUCACUCGGAUGCAAUGGAUGUUGUAUUUACACAAGCUCAGCAUGCUAAAUGGGAUCAUUAUAUUUAUUAUUUUGCUCGAUAUGAGAAUGGACGUUUUUUGACAUACGAUGGAAAAUACGAACAAGCUGAAAAGGAAAUUAAGAUUGUCAUACGGUCAAAUGGUCAAGCUCAUGUUGGUACUGGUCCUCAUAUGAAACAUAAGUAUAGUUUGGGAAAUCCACUUCAAUUCAAAUGUCACAAUUGUUUAUUAUUGAUUCACCAACUUGUAGAAGAUCAACAAACAUCAUAAUAUUCUCUUUUUUAUUGGCUGGCUCGUUUGAACCUUACUGUUAUUUAUAUAUACUUUUUUUUUU